CUGCUCUUGUGGUUGUGAAGAGAGGGUGGAGUAUGCCUAUCUUCUCGUUCUACAUCAUCAACAAGGCUGGUGGGCUCAUUUAUCAGAAGGACUUUGAGGACUACAAGGCCAACAAGCUGAUGGUGAACGAACAUCUGCGACUCGGCGGGUUUUUUCACGGCAUCCAUGCUAUUGCGGCACAGGUGGCGCCAGUGGCAGGCUCAUCGGGCGUGGAGGAGAUCGAGGCGUCGACGGUCAAGCUCCGCUGCUUCCAAGCGCUGACCGGGACCAAGUUCUUUGUCACGGCCUCUCCGUCGCAGGCCUCGCUCGAUGUCUUCCUCUCGCAGGUCUACGAGUACUACGCGGACUUUGUGCUGAAGAACCCGUUUUACGAGCUUGAGCAGCCGAUCCAGGGCUGCGACAAGUUCGUGGCCCAUCUCGACGCACUGGUGGCGUCGCUCUCGGCGUAGUCACCCCGGUCGGUGCGGGCUGCCUCACGACCGGGCGCCAAAGAUGGCCGAGCCGACACGGACACAAGUCGAACCCUGCAGGAUGGCUUGCUCAAAGUCGGCCGACAUGCCCAUGGAGAGGACGAGUGGGCGGGCGUCGCCCGCGGCACGGAGGCCGGCGUCGCCGAUGGCCGCCGCCGCUGUGGCGAGAACCUCAAAGUCGGGGUUGGUCUCGCCGGCGGCGGCGUUGAUCGACGCUGCGCGCGAGCCGAUCGUCAUCAGCCCGGCGAGCUUGAGCGCUGGGCACUGCUCGGCCACGUAGCGGGCGAGCUCGAGGACCGCCUCGGGCUCGACGCCUGAUUUGCUCUCCUCGCCCGAGGUGUUGACCUGGAUGUACACGUCGAGGGUCCGGUCGGCGUCGGCCGCGGCCUUGUUGAGCGUCUUGGCGAGCUUGUUCGAGUGCAGCGUCUGGACAACAGCCAGGUUGGGGAUGGCCACCAGCGCCUUGGCCUUGUUACUCUGCAGCGAGCCGAUAAAGUGCCACUCGAUGUC